AUUGACAUUGCUUGUCGGAUUUGACAGCCCCACAGUUGCUCGUAGGAAAUUUCCGAAAACAAUUGUGUAUUAAUAAGUUGCAAGGAUGUCUCUCGGGCCAUUCUUCCGUUCGCCAUUCACCGACCUGACCGCGUCGAUGGUCAACUUCCAGCAGUACGACAAAUGUGGUCCGCUCGAGAUGGCUUCCAUCGACUGCCUGGAAGCGUACGGUACGGUGCGAGGCGCCAAGAAGUGUGCCGAUCUGCUGGCCGAUUUUCAGGAGUGUGCGUUCAUGAACAAACAGAUCGCCAGAUUCCGGGCCAUGCGAAUGGAAAGACAUCGCCAAGGAUGGAAGGGAGAACGAAAGGGAGACGAAUACUACGCUCCGCCACCGCGCGUAGAUGCCUACUAGAUCGAACGACAAACAAUAGAGGGACACACGAUGAUUCCUUGUAAAUUUAAAGAUGGAAUACAUUUAAUUGCCACUUGAACAACUUUCUUUCAGUGCGAGAUUUGAACCAUCGA